AUGUUCUCUAUGGAGCAUCCCGCCUACCUCAAGAAGGGCCUUCCAGGCUUCUUGACACCACAUGCUGUUGAAAUCCACGUCACAAAGCACCAUCAGGCAUACAUUGACACCGCAAAUAAGCUCAUUGUCGGUUCCGGCCUCGAGGGCAAGCCAAUUGAGGAAGUUAUCCAGAAGGCUCAGGGCCCACUCUUCAACAACGUUGCCCAGCACUUCAACCACUCCUUCUUCUGGAGGUGCCUUCAGCCAGAAACAAUCCCGGUUACACCAAAGGUUGCUGAUGUCCUUGCUGCUAACUUCGAGUCUGUCGAGAAGUUCAAGGAGACAUUCACAGCUAAGGCUUCUACAGUCUUCGGCUCCGGCUGGUGCUAUCUUUACAAGAGCAAGGAUGGCAAGUGCGAGAUCGGCCAGUACUCCAACGCCCUCAACCCAGUCAAGGAUGGCCAUAAGCCACUCCUCACAGUCGACACUUGGGAGCAUGCCUGGUACAUCGACUACGAGAACAGAAAGGCUGAGUACUUCAAGAACUUCUGGAACCAUGUUAACUGGAACUUUGUUGAGCAGAACAUGUUAAAUGCCGGUCUUUAA